AUGGAAUUAUUAUUAACAGUGAAAGCUGAGAAAGUAGAUUUAAUAUUCGAUAAAUUAUUAAUAUUGGAUGAUAAUCUUUUAGAUUGGGUUCAAUAUUAUAAAAAACCCUAUAUAAUCGCAUUUCUCAAUCCAAAUAUUUCGAAGAUUUCAUAUGAUUCUUGGCAUGCCACUCCUAAUAAUAUGAAUUGUGCAGAAUCGGCACAUGCUAUGAGUAAUUGUGAAGGCAAGCAACUAAAAUUAAUGAUAGCAAUAUUAAGUCAAGAUAAAAGUGGUAUUGCAAGAAAGAAAUUGGCGAUUAAACGUAGUACUAAUUCUUCAAUAAAACGACAAAAUAAAAAACAACGAAUAUCCAAAGUAAUCGAUUUAACUGAUGAAACAUCGCAAGAAUUUCAAAAUAAUAAUGAACUCAGGGAAUCCAGCAUGAUGGUGAUGGAAAAGUUAAAAUAUGAAGAGCGCAUGUUGAUAAUUGCAGAACGUAAAGAAAAAUUAAGGGAAUUAUGA